AUGGUCAGUCUUCCCUGGUGGAUACCGCAUGAGCGUAUAGUGCCUGAAACAAAGGAAGAAAUUGAAGCCGCCUUCAAAACACAUAGAAUUGGAAAUGAAAUUAUCAUUAAUGAGUACAGAGAUGAAGCUCUGCGACCAUGGUGGAAAUUCUUUGAUGAAUUUGAAUAUCGUAGAGAUGUCCCCAAAUGGAGUUGGCUCGGUACUGGGUCAUCACCACAGGAAAGGAAACUUCUUCUUAAACUUGAUGCCCACAUUGUCAUUUAUGCUAUGUUGGGUUAUUGGUGUAAAUUCCUUGAUUCAGCAAAUCUUACCAAUGCAUAUGUUUCUGGAAUGAAGGAAGAUAUAGGCAUGGUUGGGAACGAUUUAAUCAAUACUCAAGUGCUACAACUGACUGCAAGUAUUCUAUUUGGACUACCAUUUUUAUAUCUUGUUCCGCGUUAUCCUACAAAUUAUCUCUUAUUCAUAAGUGAAAUGUUAUGGUCAUUGUUCACCUUGGUCUCAUACGUUGCGCCCAAUGUGGCUGGGCUUAAAGGAAUCAGAUUUAUGGUUGGUGGGUUUGAAGCUGCCUAUUUCCCCAUUAUUCAUUACACACUCGGUAUGUACUACAAACCUUCGGAGAUUCUGUCUCGAGCAAGUAUUUUCUACUGUGGGCAAUAUUUGGGUAUUCUUACAUCUGGGUUACUUCAAUCUACUAUUUUCGACCACCUCGAUGGUGUUAACGGAUUGGAUGGGUGGAAAUGGAUGUUUAUCAUCGAUGGUAUCCUUUCUUUCUUUGUUGCAUUCCUUGGGUUGUUUUUAAUGCCUGGGAAUCCAUUUAAAUGUUAUUCAAUUUUCUUAACAGAUGAUGAAAUCAAACUCUGUAGAAAGAGAAUGAGAGAAAAUGGAACUGAUGGAGGAGAAAAUAUUACAAAUUUCUUCCAUUGGCCAACUUGGAAGAAAAUGGUUACUUCUUGGCACUUUUGGAUCAUGACAAUUGCUGGUAUUGGAGGUUAUAACGCAAAUAAUACCACCAUGGGUUCCUUUGCAUUGUGGUUAAAAUCUCAAAAUAAAUAUUCAAUUGGACAACUUAACAAUUUAACGGCAAUUCCACCAGCUUUGGGGAUGGUUUACGUUAUUUUUACCUGCUUCACUGCCGACAUUACUCAAAAGCGGUUCUUAAUGAUUGUUUUUGCCCAACUUAUGAACUUGAUUGGGUGUGUUAUCCUCACAGUAUGGGAUGUUCCACCAGCUGCAAAAUGGUUUGCCUUCUAUUUUGGGUAUUGGUCUUGGGCUCAGUCUUCAGUAUUUUAUCCAGUUUUAAAUGAUAUCUUGAGACAUGAUGCUAACCUUAAGGCUAUUGAAUGGCAGGUAAACUAUUUACUUGGGUUCCAAUCCUAUGCAUGGAUUUCUAAACUCAUUUGGCCCACGGUAGAUGCUCCGCGAUUCAAGAAUGGGUUUAUGGUGUCUGGUAUCAUGGGUAUGGUGGAAGCAGUGUUUGUAAUGAUAGGUUAUUUCUUCUACAAGAGGGAUGAAAGAAAUAGAGCUGCCUUGGAAGGUAUUGUUUUGUAUAACUCUGACAAGGGAGAAGAAGCUCCAGGUGUGAUAACGGAAAUUGUUACCGAUUCAGAUGAUGGCGAAAAGGUUGAGAAGUUGGUACAAUUACACGUUGUAACAUCAGAAACUAAAAGCGAAUGA